UGUUGCGCUGUUUACCUACGUAAGAUGGCGACUCGUCUGUUCAGCAUUUUAUGCUAGUUGGGAGCUUCGUGUCGCUAAAAUCGUCCAGUUUGUUCAAAGUUCUCUGGGUUUUAUUGCAGUUUUCCCGCGUCGGUUGUUUUACUGUCUGAGGAUGUUCUCUUCUGUCUGGAGUUUUAUUAAACGACACAGGAGGAAAAUAAUUUUCGGCGGAGCAGUAGUUGGAGGAAUCUAUAUUUUGGGUAAGUAUGCUCAGAAGAAGUUGCGGGAGAUCCAGGAGAAGGAUGCGACCGAGUGCUUCACUCAGGCCCGACGACAGUUCCACUUUGAGAGCAACCAGAGGACCUGCAACAUGACAGCUUUGUCGAUGCUGCCGCCACUGAAAGACGCCAUCAUUAAUCAGCUGGACUCAGAAAGUCUCACUGCGCUGCUCAAGACCAAACCCGCCAACAAAUUGGAGAUCUGGGAAGAUUUGAAGAUCAUCAGUUUCACGCGCACUGUGGUGGCGGUUUACAGCACCUGCAUGCUGGUGGUUUUGCUGAGGGUCCAGUUGAACAUCAUCGGCGGGUACCUGUACCUGGACAACUCCAUCUGCAAGAACGCUGCGGUCCCUCUGGUGCCCCCUGAUGUCCAGCAGCAGUAUCUGUCCAGCAUCCAACAUCUGCUGGGAGACGGUCUGACGGCAUUGAUGUCGGCGGUGAAGAGAGCCGUGCAGAACUCAGUGGGCGGGUUGUCUCUGAAGCAGCCACUGUCUCUGCUGGAUCUGGAUCAGCACCUGAGCUGGAUCAGAGCCGAGGUGGAGGCCGGAUCUGAACACCCGCUGUCCUGGUACAUGUUGGCCGACGAUGAGAGCGCCCUCGCCGAGCAGGCGUGCGGGUUAGCGAAGAGUGACAUGAUGACCAUCAGACUGCUGAAUGAGACCCGGGACAUGUUGGACAGUCCAGAUUUCAGCACCGUCCUCAGGGUUUGUCUCCACAGAGGGUUCGCUCGUCUCCUUGACAACCUGGCAGAGUUCUUCCGCCUGCCUCCUGGUGACUCCACCCCCAGUGCAGCACCUGAUAGUCUGUCUGUAGUCAGUCUGCCGCUGGCGAAGAUCAUCCCCAUCAUGAACGGUCAGAUCAACGCCAUCUGCAACGACACGCCGAGCCACUUCGUGCAGGACUUGCUGCUGAACGAUCAGGUGAAAGCAUUUGCUGCAAAUGUUUAUGAGAGCUUCAGCAUGCCUCAGGAGCUGCAGAAAUAACCACAGAAGAAGAAAGCAACAGACGCAGGUAACGUGCCAGAAACUUCCUCGUGCAGAUCUUCACGGUGAGUGUUUGAAAGCAGCAGUGCUCUGAGGACAGAGAAACAACCGCCUCCAUCUGGUGCGUCAUCAGAUGGGAGGCUGUGAUUGGCCACAGAACUGGUGCAUUCUGGGAAGUGGAGUCCCUGUUAAUGUGACUGUGGGGUUUAAGGGGAAAUACGGUGAAGACUGAAUUAAUUUCCAAGUUGAAAGCUGGAUUUCUGUUUUUGUUUUACAUUUGUUCACAAUCAGCGUUUGAGUUUUUAGAGCGGUUUUUAUUUAAAGGGGUCAUGAAAAUGGGUCCAGGUCUUACAAAUCGACACUAAAUCCUCUUAACUGCACCUGUAAUUAUUCAAGAAUUUAGCACUGAGACAAAACACACCUCAGCCAGUGCUCACAGCGCCACCUGUGGGAAACGGAGUGGGCAUGACUGCCAGAGCCAUCAGAUGUUCUUGAAGUGGGCGGGGCUUUUAAAAUGCUUUGUGUGAGUUCACUUUCUUACAGCAUUAGUUUACUUUUUGGAAGCUGCUGACUUUUUUGUUCAUCAGGUUUCAAGUUUGAGUUUUUUUGUUUUGUUUUUUCCCCCAGUUUUGGAGACUCGUCUGUUAAGUCAAACGACAUAAAUGUAUCAUCUCAGAGAAAUAACUGUAUGAAAACUGAUGACUCAUCCAGAUGUUUGUAAUAAAGACAGUGAUCACUUUUGUAU